GCUAUCAUGUUUCGAGUGGCUGCUUCAACCGGUGCAGCAAUUGUAAACUCGAUUGAUGCACUGUUGAGUGGGAACUUCGAUGACUCUUGUAUUGGGACAUGUCGAUGGUACAAACUUCUGAGAAUGCCACAACUUAAGGGACAAACUAAACCGCUGUGUAUAUUCUGCUUCAACGAUCCUCCAGUAUUGAAUGAAACUUCCUCCUUGAAAUGGCUUCAUAUUCCUGGGUUGUGGCCUGUUUCUGAACAAGAGAUUUCAUCUGAUUCAACAUCAAUUCGUAUGCCCACGUUCUCUGUCAUUUUUCGGGGUCCAGAAUUGGCCACUCUCAAAUUAGUAAAGAGAUGCUUCAAGCUUGCCAUUUUAGCUUGUUUCAAUGGGGGAUUUGAAAUGGCCUUCCUGAAGGACGCUAAACUCAUUAUCACGAAUAAUCCACUAAACAUGACACCACCCCCUAAAAAUCCUAAAAAACUAGCUCAACAUCUUGCUGGUAGAUUAAUCAACCUCUCCCCUUUAGUGGACACCAAAAUCCCUUACUUAUCUAGCCCAGAAGCGGAAAGGUCUCCACUUUUCGAGUACUACUCUUAUCUGGUUGAAUGGGGUUUCAGGCAACGCCUGAAUGAUAUAUUGAGGCAAAAGGUAGUUGUGUCGGAAAGGAAGCUCUACCCUCUUCGAAAGGGAUUGGUUGAAGUGGGUUUUGAACCAGUUGGGGAAGCAAAGGGUAAUGAAGGUACAGGGAAGAAGGAGCAAAGAUUUCUUCGCAGAUGGACAGCUCAAGGAAGGAUAAUUGCGGCUGUAAACGCUGCUAAAUCAAAUUCGUCACGAUUUCCGCCUUCAAGGACUCGUGCCAAAUUCCCAUUUACCGAUUGGGAUCCUCUAGAGCGAAAUUCACAUCAACAGAGUGUAGUCAAUUGGCCGUGCAUUCCAGUAAUGGCUUUUGCACUCCUGCAGGUGUUCAAGUCCUAUUAA